AUGCUGGUGGAGAUCUUCGCCUUGCUCCCCGGCACCGACCUGGCCAGCCUGGCCCAGGCCUGCACCAAAUUCCAUCACAUCCUGCACACUGACAGCAUCUGGAGAAGGCGCUGCCACGAGGAGUUUGGCGUUUGUGAAAACUUGCCAAACUGGAAGAGGAGGGGUAUGUCUUAUCGAGAACUCUAUGCGAAGAUGUUCCCAUACAGACACAUUUUGGGAUUGUGGCAGCUAACACUGCUGAAUGUCGUGCUGGAUGGCUUAUGCAUUACUGGUUGGACGUGCAGGCCUUCCAAUAACACCCAUGUGCAUGGCCCAAUGCAAUCUGAGCCCUCCUUUAGAAUUCGCCUGACGGGGAGGAAAUCACCCACCGUGGAGUACAUGGGCGAUGUCUACAGCUUUACCCACAGCCGCCACAUGCAGAUUCGGAAGGACAGGUUCAGCAUCCAGUGGAUCAAGAGAGACCACCGAAAGGAUUCACCAACGCGGCUCAGGGGAGAACGGGGGCUGGUGCUGUUGGAGGAGGACAAAACGCUGUCUGACUGCCUGACCCACCGCCGCUUGGUGAUGUCGCAGGAGGACAGCCAGCGGUAUGACUACUGCCUGACCUACCGCCGCGUCUACCUUCCGCCGAGCCACCCGGACGACCUCAUCAGGCCAGGCCUCUUCCACGGCAUAUUUCAUCGCUUCGGCCCUAUGAUUGCCAUGCUCAGCUUCCAUGGGAAGUAUGCCAGGGUCACGAAGAUCACAGGAGAGUCCGUCGAGACGUUAAAGAUCCACCUCAUGCGCCGCAUCCAGCUGCCAGAUGGCGAGUUCUUCUGCAACUUCAACGAGCUCUCCCGCGUGGUCCAGGAGAUUGAUGAGCAGGUGUUCCGGGAGCAGCAGCAAGAAAACGGGACUGAGGAAAGCGAGGGCCAUGGCUGGCAGAGCCCUGCCCCGCCCAGCGUCGGGGAGUCCGGGGCUGCAGCUGCGGAGGAGCAGCCUGUUCCGUUUGUUCUGCCUGUGGGCGUGCGCUCAAGACUCCACAACUACCCCCGAACCUGCAGGAUGUGUUUCUAUGGCGUUUACAGUGUUACUAUCCAUCCCAUCGCCUACUCCAGGCACUUCCCUGGAGUCGUCAUCCUGUUCGAUGAGAACCACUUGGGGUUCAUCGAUCUAGAGGAUAAAUACUUCAUCCGGUUCCGCAGAGUCCAGAACACCUUCCACGUAUCUGCACUGCAGACAUUCCGGCCUGUUAGUCGUUUAGUAGCUGCCUUGGUUAUCAGAUCAAAGGUCACAGUACUAAGGUGCUUGUGUUCAAGUAACCUCAAGUGCAAGAGUAGUGAUAAUGCCUUGGAAGCUGAAGCUGGAGGACUUGAUAAAAACUUCAAAGAAAUCACACAGAUCACAAAUGUACGACUUUCAUGCCUGCUGCUAGAUGGGCAACUUGGAAAGUUCACUGGACCACCCAAUGCCAUCGCCAGUGACAUCCAAACGAAAACAAAGGUCAUUCUAACAGAUAUGAAAUCUAGCAUCAAGAACUGGAAGAAUCUGAAAUUUUACCCUACUUGCAAGUUAACAGAUUCAUCUGUCACUGUUUUAUGA